GUGAGGUCCUUAAGAGUACAAAAACAAGAAAAAGCCUCACGUUGUGCGCUCAAGUUCCUCUGUAUUACGAAAAACCUCGGAAUUCAUAUCAUUUAUCUGGGAAGCAGGUGUCCACGAGGAAACAGAUGGGAUGGAGGAAGUCGACGACGACCCGGUUCUCAGUGUUGUCAAGUGGCAGGAUUUGCUGCAGGACUAUAGCAAAGACGGGGACUACAUCCAUGGCUUUGUGACUACCGAGUCAAGCGUAGACAAUGUCCUGGAACUGUACAGAAGAGCCACUAAAACCACAUUCUGCACCCGCCGCUCCUCAUCGCUGCAGUUCGAUCCUCUCAAAUGCAAGAAGAAGAAGUUCUGCACUCGGUCUUUCGUUUUCUGCAGGACCAUCAGCCCCCGCAUCACCGACGAGGGAGUUCCCUUCACGUAUGGUGGCAUGAAGACACUGCAGUGCCAGUAUGGCCCUAAAAGGGAGCAUAGAAGAAAGAGUGAUAUAGAAACAACACAUUUUGCAGUUUCUGAUGAGAAUAUGAGAAGCAAUUAUGAAAACCCGGCAGCCUGUGGACUACAGAAGACGCCCAAAAGAAGACUUUCCACUGGACUCACCCAAAAGAAAGGAUGCCAAGCCAAAAUCUCAGUUUGGCACAUCUGCAGGUUGCCAGGAGUACGCCGUGACCGCCAAGAGGAGCGUGACAAUUUGGCAAACCAAAGCCAAAGAGAGGCUGCUGCUGGAUUUGGAGGCGGGUAAGGAAGUGACGAUCGAGAGCCGGUUUUACAUCAGCUUCCCUCUCCGGCGAGCGCACGCCGAACACUCUGCGUGCGGCCAAACGGCUGAAGCCCAGCCGCUCCACCCGCAGAUCAUCCGGUGGAUCGAGCAGCUCGUCGACGAGGGCGUCACCGGCGCGAGAGACGUGCAGGCGGUCGUCAGGCGCAACGUUCAAACCAAAAUGUCAGACGUCGUGGCGCCGUAUGAGCGGCACCGUGCGUAUUAUCCCACGCUCGAGGACAUAGCCGAUCAUGUCUACAAAGCCAAAGUGAAACGGCAAGCCCCCGCGUUCGGAUUCAUUCGAGAACAUUCAGUGAAUGAGCCGAAAACCGCCGAUGACGUCACGUCGCCGACCUUCCUGUUCGUUGACGCGUCGCACGACCCCCCCGGAGACACUCUUCAAACACAGCCAGUGACGAGCUACGCAGACGAAGCUGUCUGGAAAGCGAGAACGGAGCUACACGAGGAACUCGACGCCGUGUGGAUGUCGUCCAACAACUGCACCGACGUGGUCCCGCUGGCUGAGCUCAAGGCUGACAUCAAGGCUCUCCGCGACCAGUUUGUGGCGAGCUUAACAGAACACGGGCGCAAACCGAAGCGUAUAGAGGAAGACGCGUCCGCUAUAUCACCGGCAAAGAUGGCGAGAGUGGACACCCAUUUGCACACGUACUUAACUCUGCAAGACUAAAACACAACGACAGGCUUCUAGGAGAGUUGUAUUUUUCUUUUGAAUUAAUUGAAUGGAAUGUUUUUUUUUGGGGGGGGGCGGGG